AUGGCAAUCUUCGAGUUCUUGAAGAACCUCUCCAUAUUCGGGAAACGCAAACAUGAAAGUGUUCAAGGGCGGAAAAGAGCGCGGACGAGCAGUGGAAUAAACGGUGAGGAAAUUGGAAAGGAGCUGAACGCUCUGGUACUUAAAGCAAAGAAAAACCAGAAAAGGGCAAAAAGACGGAAGCGAAAGGUGGAGCAGAAGAACGAAGGGGCAGACAAGGAUACAAAAUGUGAAGGAUUGAAACUUUUUACCAUUGGCAGUGAUGAUUCGUCUGAACACGAUGGGAACGGUCCAAGGGUUGAGAGCGUUGAACCUAAUCAGAUAAUUGACUUUGAUGAAUGGCAUCGCGAGAAGAAAGUGGAACCGUGGAACGUAUAUGCGAUGAGGGUUGAGAGAGCAAAAAAGAUCUUGGGCAACUUUGUGGAGUACAAAAGGUUUGUAACGAUUGAGCAUCAGAAACUCUUCGGAGACGAUAGCAGAAUAUUCCAGGACUUGAAGAGAAAGAAGGUAUGGGACAUGAACAGGAAUGUGAAGAGUAUUUACAUUGAUCACCGGCACAGAGAUGAUGAAGACACCAUCAUCAAAGAUGAGAUCGAGUGCAUCAAGUGUUUGGAGUACAGGCUGUAUCAGGAGGUGGGUGAAGAAGUGAAAGGGAAGAUAAGACUUGCUUUACAACGCCUAUCGCAUCACAUGUACUGUGACCGUUCGGUCUUGCUGAAGAGGCUGAACAAGCCAAAGUUGGAUCUCAUCAUGGACAUAAGAAAUAUUCUGAUAGGACAGCUUGAGGAAUUUGGAUGCGCAUACCACGGUAAACCGGAAAAUAACCUUGCGAAUAAAAUCUGCCGGUUUGACGAUUCGGUGGAGUACAAGGAAGACGAACCGCCGCGGUAUAGAAACGGCAAGCCGGUGAUUACGUUCGAAAGGCCGGAAGGGAGUAGGUACGAACAUGCAACUAAGAUGAGGGAACGGGCCCGGUACUGCAAGAGACUUAGAGAGCGGCUUUUUGUGAAUGAUUACAAAAAGAUUACAGGGUUUGAUUAUGUUCCUCGGAUUUAUCCAUGUCCACCGGAUAAGUAUGUGCCGGUUGCGAGGUGUCUGGCGACCUGUCCAUUCGUUGGACCGUUGAAUUACAUGCUUAAGCAGUACGGCUGGCCUGAAAAAGAUGUGCGUCUCCACACAUUUUUUGGGUACGAUCUGGACAAUGGAACACGGGUGCUUGACUGCGGGUGUGAGGCGAUCAGUAAACGUGGGGCUGCGUACGUUUACAGCAACAAGUCAAGAGAUGACUACAAGAAACUCUGUGAAGAGAACGAGGCGUUGAGAAGGGAGCUAGAAGAGCUCAAAGGCAAGCAUGCAAAGUUCGCGGAUCCCGUGGUUACCGAGGUAAAACCGGUGGUAAGGCCCGUGAUGAAAGAUGAUGCUGCAAGGCUUGACGAGGUGAAGAGCACAACGGACGGCAAGCCAUAUCAGUACUUGAUACCGACAAGAAAGGAUCCACCCAGUGCGCUCGAAGUAAAGCUGAGUGGUGCUGUUCUUGUCAAAAGGAGCAAAGAAGAAACACAAAAAGAAAGAGAAAUUGUGAAGAAACUCGAAAAUUUUGAUGUUUACCAUGGAAACCCGGCGGAUUACCACUCUGAAGAUUACAACAGAGAUGAGCUCGUGCCGCCAAUAUUUCACACCAAGCCUAAGCAUGCAAAGGACAAGGCGCAGGGUGAACCAGUCCAGGAGGAGGUAAAGACUGGAAAUAUGGUUAAGAGAGUGGAGGAAGCUGUUGGUAAUGCAAAGCCUGCUGAUAAAGAGACAGUUGUUGAAAGGGAGCGUGCAUCUGGGCGUGCAGAUCAGAAAGUAAUGCGGGAUAAAAGCGCAGGAGCCACCACUUCGAACACCGACAGCACCUGUCAUGAAACUGCCGGUACGGGUGCUCAUAGUGACAAUGUUAACCUCUUCGCUGUGAACAGCGAUCUGGAGAAAGACGUAAAGGGUGCCGAUGUCAACGCUGGUGCGGUAAAUCCACGUUUUGGUUCCGUUACAGGCCAUGCGUUCUUUAACAUGGCUAAUGCGAUGCCCAGUGCUGUCGAUGUGGGCCAAAAAACAGCGAAUAUCCGUGCACCGAUCGUGCCGAGUUCUGUUGAAUCGAUGUCCACGUUAGAAGUGCACGGAAAAUCCGCAAGCGCUCAAAAUACUACAACGUUGGAUAGCAUUAAAUUAUCUUCAGCAGCGCAGGCAGUACCUGAGACAGCACCGGUUUAUGGGUCUUCGUCAGGAAUUGCGCCAGAAGUACCGAUUGCUAAAUCUGUUGCAUCGCAAACUUCGUCUUUCAGUCUCAACGAACAAAAUCGUGCUACACCCCCAAAACAUGCACAUAGUACAUCGAACGGCGUUACAUCUGCAAAUACAGAGAAUCAAAAAAUGAGCGGAGAAGGCUUUGCAGGUGAUGGCACCAAAGACUCGGGAAAUAUGCGGGAUAUAAAACCGCUUUUUGACACGGUAACACCUUUUGGCGGCGUGCCAACGGGCGGUUUUGAUGUACAAGGCAGCGCUAACAUGGCGCAUUCAUCUUUUGGCAAACCUUUGGUUGAGAACAGUGCACCAGGAGACGUUGUGUCAAACCGGUCUGCCAAUUAUAGCGGUAUGCAGGGUGGCAACGCCCCACAUGGCCUGUUUAGCACGAAUGCAGCCUUUCAAAAUUUGCAAAACAACGAGUUUUCGCUGUUUAAGAACGAUUCAGGCGUAAAAGAGCACAAACCUGGCAGUAAUCAGCCGGUUUCUACGAUUUUUCAGCCUUUCGGGUUGAAGAGCAACCUGCAAAAUGGACCGUUUGGAAAUGCCCAACAGGACGCGAUUCAAGGAUUGAGUGCACAACGAACACAAUUUGACAGCGGAGCGCAGAACGUGUAUGGCAGUGCUGCUCAGCAGGAUGGUGCGGAUCAAACAAGGAGAUGGGAAUCGGGAGCAACCAGUCUGUUUGAUGCGUCUCGAAGCGAUGCACAACCAUGGAAUAAUCAGCAGACAAAACCAGAAAAUUUGUUCAAUACUCCGAGCGGUAAUCAGCCAUGGGGCCAAUUGUCUGGACAACAAACUGCGUUAAACGGCCUUAACAGCUCACAGCCACCGGUCAGCACUCCGCUCAACAACCAAACUGAUUUGUUCAGCGAUUUUAAUAUGAAGAGGAAGAUCGAGUUCACCGGUGUGAAUGACAACCGUCCUAGGGUGUCCAAUCCAACAGAUGCGGGUGAUUCGUUAAACACGUACGGAAGCGCGAAUCCUUUAUUUCAACCGAGUACCGGUCAGAUUGAUGGCACUAAUCCGCUCAGUUACUACAGUUCGGGACAACCGGCAGCUUUUGGACAGAACAUAAAUGCUCCACCACCGUUUGCGCCUGCAAAUGCAACUUACAGCUACGGAUCAUCACUUCCAGCACCGCCAGACUUUAACAAUAAGAAUCAAUUCGCUGGUGUGGGUGAUAAUACGGCACGAACAUCACUCUUUUCGCUCGGAUCGGGGUCUGGAAAUGUGCAGACCGAAAACGUGAAUGAGGAGAAGAAGGAAGAAUCGGGCGGUCUGAACAAGCUGGACGGCAUUUUAAAAGGCGGAUUUAGCUGGUCAAGUUUUGGUCCCAAGUAAAUUGCGCGAUGUGAGUGGAACGAUUGUUACUAAAGUUGUAUUUAAAUUAA